CAUGAACGUGUUUUAACUCUUUAACGCUUUACUGCGCAGUGAGCAUGAUUUGCGAGGUUUCUUUCGAAAGCUGUGUUUGGAAACAAGGGAAACAAACAACACAGAAAUCAUAAUUCGUCUUCUAAUUUUAUAGCGAUCAAGGGCAAACUAACUCCUAUUUUAUUUGAUCAUACACGUCGAAUUAAUUGCACGGAAGCAAGAGCAUGGCGCCGGCAAAGGAGUUUCGAGACGACACUGACGCUGAAACUGAAAGUGGUAACGAGUCCAGCGAUUCAAGCGGAUCCAGUGACAGUAGCCGCAGCGCAUCUCCAGCUGCUCCGGAAAAUCAGCGUCGUGCCGGUUCUUCUGCAGCAAGCUCGCCAAAGGGAGAUAAAAGUGGCUCAUCUGCCAAUAGCAGUCCGCGAAAUAACUCCGGAUCAGACGGAGAAAAGAGUAGAGCCUCAUCACCUGUCGGCUCCGGUCCAGGCAGUGCUGCUGGAAGCGGAAGCCCGCAGAGUGGAAGGAAUAGUAGAGCUACGAGCAAGACUGGAAGUGGCUCGCACAGAAGCCGAAGUGGCAGUGACGCGAGCAAAAGAAGCGGAAGUGCGGGAAGCCAGAGGAGUGGAAGCGCAGGCAGCAGAAGAAGCGGUAGCGGAAGCCCAGCCAGCAAGAAAAGUGGAAGUGGCCGCAGCAGGAGUGGAAGUGCUGCGAGCCAAAGAAGCAGAAGCGGCAGUGCCGCGAGCAGAAAGAGCGGCAGCAGAUCAAGAAGUGGCUCUGCCAAAAGUGGGUCUGCCAGGUCCCGCAGUGGAUCGGCAAGGUCAAGAUCUGCGAGCGGAUCCCGGAGAUCAGGAAGUGGUUCUAGGAGGUCUAGGAGCGGCUCUAGAAAGUCAAGAAGUGGUUCCAGAGGAUCGAGAAGUGGAAGCGCACAGUCAGGUUCUAGGAAGUCCAGGAGUAGAAGUGGCUCAAGGGCAAGUGGCAGUCCCAAAUCUCGUGGGUCCAGAAGUGGAAGCGCUAAAAGCAACGAAUCUGGAAAGAAGGCUAGUAAGAGGAAAAGGGCGGUGCUGAGUGACAGUGGUUCUGACGCGGAAACAACCAAGAGACAAGAAAAGGCAGGUUCUAGCAGCGAGGAAAAUGAUGCUACUGCUGCCGAACUUUUUGGAGAUGCUGAUGACAUAAGCUCUGAGGAAGAAGGUGGCAAAGCUGCUGAAAAAGUAAAACGAAGCGAUGACGAGGAGGAAGAUGAGCAGCAACAGAAGCAAACAAGGAGUCCUGCUGCUAGUGAUGCUGAACAAGAAGAUCGAGAAGCUGUAGCAGAUAAUGAUGGAGAGGAGAGAAGAGAGGAAGAAGAAGAGCAAGAGCAGCCUCCACCUGAAACUGUAAUUGAGGUGGACAUUCCGAAAAUCACAACAGAUUUAGGACGUGAAAUCCACUUUGUCAAACUGCCCAACUUCUUGUCAGUUGAAACGAGGCCUUUCGAUCCCCAAACUUAUGAAGAUGAAAUUGAUGAGGAAGAAACGCUUGACGAGGAAGGAAGAGCUAGGCUAAAAUUGAAGGUAGAAAACACAAUCCGGUGGCGAGAUUAUUUUGCGGACGAUGGUUCCGUGCAGAAAGAGAGCAAUGCUCGGUUUGUCCGAUGGUCAGAUGGCAGCAUGUCCCUUCACUUAGGUUCUGAAAUCUUUGAUGUCUACAGACAACCUCUGCAGGGUGACCACAACCAUCUGUUCAUCCGGCAAGGAACUGGUCUCCAAGGCCAAGCAGUCUUCCGCACAAAGCUCAGCUUCCGCCCUCACUCCACCGAGUCGUUCACGCAUCGUAAGAUGACUCUUUCCCUGGCCGACAGGUCGCAGAAAACUGCGGGCAUCAAGGUGCUUUCCACUGUGGGCAUGGACCCUGAUGCUCACAGGGUGGAAAUGAUCAAGAAAGAGGAAGAGCGAUUGCGAGCUACAGUGCGCCGCGAGAGCAAGCAAAAGAGAAUUCGGGAAAGGGGAACAAGCCGAGGACUCAGUGCCAACUACUUGGAGCCUGAUCAUGACGAUGGAUCUGACGACGAAAACGCCAUUUCUCUCUCAGCUAUCAAGAAAAAAUACAAGCAAGGAGCUAAAGAGAGGCAUAAUAUCUACUCUUCAGAUGAUGACGAUUCAGAUAUUGAAACUAGGAAAGGACCAAAAGCAACCCGUGCCAAAGCACUGCAAGAUUCAGAUGAGGAAGAAGGGGGCAAAGGGAGUGGCUCUGGAGGAUCUGGCGAUUCUGGGUCUGGAGAUGACUCAGACUCUGACUAAAUUUUGUUUUGCAAUUUCACUUAAAUAAAAAGCUUUGUAUAGAAUUAAUUAUACUAA